CGUACCUCGUGAGGUAAACGGCGGUUCCACCGGGCCUCCCUCCUCGGCCUGCUGCUGCUGCUGCCUGCUUGGCGCCGUUAUUCUCCGGCGCGAGAACCCAUGCCGGCCUUUCCGAGCCCCGCCGGCUGAGGCGAGACAGGCCCCGGUCGCGCUGAGGACUCGCCUGGAGCCUCCCGUGAGGCGGCGGAGGGAUGCCGGGACGGCUGCUGCCCCCCGGGAUCGGCUGGGGCGGGCUCGGACUCCUCUGCUGUUGGCUGGGCGGCGGGCAGACGGCUCCGCUGCCCCCGGCAGGGCCAGGAGAAGAGACAGCCUUUGAAGUUUCCUACUCCUUGGUGGUUCUUUCUGCCGGCGGCCUCUUAGUUUUGAUACUACUGCUUGUAAACUGUAUUUCCUGCUGUAAAGAUCAAGAGAUUAACUUCAAG